UAAAAUAUAGUUUUGUUGAAACACGUGCUACUGAUAUUAUUAUGAAAUAGACAUCAGCUGAUUAUGGGAAACGUAUUGAUACUCAUGUGGAUAGAUUGUUCAAAAAUUUAGUAGAUAAUUAAACGGAGCACAAACGAUUCCUAAUUGGAGUGUUUAUAUAACUUUCUUCGGACUGCGCAAAGAUAUAACACAUUUUGCAAGCACAAUGAAUGGCGAAACGCAGCAUAACAUGAAUGACAUUACCUCCGACUUCACAUGUCUCAAAGUAUCCGCUUUGUGUAAGGCGUCUCGCAUAUCAGACGCUGUCCGGCAUGUCACGAUUGGUCCAGAUUCUGUCUUGAUUCCUGACUAUCAUGUGGACAACGAGAACAUUGAAAACCAGCCGGAUAACAGUAUAACUAAAGAGGUUAAACCACAGCCAAGGUCACAAAGUCCAAAGGCAUCAACCAGAAGCGGUAUAACUUUUUCGAAAAAGAAAAUGCUGCUCGAAAAUGAGGUGCAACGAAGAGAAGAAGUCAAACAAAGCAUGCAACGCCGCCUUCAGAGUAUGAUGAAGGCGGAAUCUAAACUGCGAGAACAAAUGGCUGUAAUUCGGAAUAUGAUGAUAGCAAACAGAGAGCAUCAGGAGAGUAUAGCGAAGGAUGAAAUCGCCAGGCUUGAGGCUGAGGAGGAGCAUGCUGCUGAACAAAAUGAAAUUAAACGGAAACAUGAACAGCAAUUACAUGCGCAGAGAAUACUGGAACGGAAAGAGAAAUUGGAACGGGAAGUUGAGGAACAGAGAAUAAGGAAUCAAGAGAAGAGAGUAUUGUUUGAAAAAAUGCUCCCGCUUCAUGCUAGCUUCGGAUCGACUUAUCAGGACAUCAGCACAGUGUCAAAGUCCUGCAAGGACAGGAACAUCGUUGGACCUGCCUUUGCUCCGCAUUCAGUCAAGCUCAAGGAGCUCAGCAAAUGCAUGGAAGGAUUGCUCGAGCGUGCUAAAUCAGGCGAAUUGACCGAAGAAGAUAUUAACACCGCAGAGAUUCUUGCAAAACAUAGCGAGGCUAUCUUGAAUGCUUUCAAGCAAGAAAUAGAUCGAAUAAAUGCUGCCUACGACGCAGAAGUAGCUCGCAGAGAAGAGGAAGUGAGACAAGCCCAAGCGCAGAAUCAACUUAUGGCUUCUAAAGCUCAGGAAGCUGCAGUUCAACCUGAUCAAAGACCAAGCGAGAUCCUUCAAAGUACUGGCGUCACUGACCAAAUCACAACAAAUGCGUUGGAGGAGAAUAGUACACCAGAGACUACAAAUCAGACACAGUUAUCAGUGGAAUCCGUCGUCCCAGAGUCUAAAACAGAACAUCUUCUAGAGUUCGCUGACAAGGAUUCAGUGGAAAUUUACUUGAAUAGUCAACAAUUACUAGAAAAUCAUAACAUCCUAUGUUCGCCUCUAACCAAUUCGGAGACUACAAAGAAGUUCCGGUUCGAGUGUCAGAAAGCAAUAAAUAUACCCGUGAAUGCGAUUUCCGGUGUUAGCAGAGAACAUCUUACCGACAAAUACGAAAAGCUGCAUGGUUUGCUAGGCGGAAAGCCGCCGACUAAUGCAAACCAACAUCCGCAAGGCAUACCCUUCUGCAAGCAUACCUUGGCCAAGAAAUUUGUGAAUCAAGGCGAAGCUCUAGUUUCCAGCAAACCAGAAAUGGCAUUUUCCGUUGCCGCGGUUAUCGUGGCUCUCUGGAACGACUAUCCGGACUUCGGUGAACUACUUUUGGCCUAUUUCUACAAAACCUGCCCUUACUUAGUUCCAAUGUUCCUUCCUCAACAACAGGGCCAGUCUAACGAGGACUACUACAAAUCCUUGGGCUACAAAUAUUCGGAAGAUGGAACCGUCGAACGGCAGGAUAAGUUCUUGAAGAGAAUGUCGGGCUUGAUGAGGCUUUAUGCGGCUCUGACUGUAACAAGGCAGCGAAAGCUCGUCACGCGUCCACAUCCUCAUGGCUUACAAAACGCUUGGAGAUGGUUGGCAGCAAUUUUGAACAUCGAACCACGUCCUGACAUCUGUGCAACCUUGAUCUUCGAUAUGCUUGAAGUGACUGGACACGCAUUGUGGAAAACCUAUCCUAAUCAGUUUCCAAAGCUGCUUGCCUUGCUCAUCACCCAAUAUUAUCCUCGUAUGCAGAGCCUCGGAGGUACAGCUGGUGGUCCUCUGGCUCGGUUGGAACAGUUUUUGAAAAAUUCUUUGACCAGAGGCUCUAUGCCGCCACCCGACGGUCAACUGCCCCAAAAUUUUUGGUAGUCGAAUAAUUACCGAUAGCUUUAUGACGUUGAAUCACGUGUAAAAGUUUCCGUCGCAUCGUUAUUCGAAAUUUUCGAUGCUUCAGCUAGGAAUUAUUAUUGCGCCGCUGCUUUUGUUGAUUGACCAUCACAAAAAAAGUUGCGUUCUGUACAUCGAAUACCUUUAAUAAUCGCGGCACAGCCGUUGUAUGCAUAAUACUUGACCAUAACGUGCUAUGUGAAUUAUCAUGUUGACUCGUUGUGAGAUUCUUUUUAGUCUACAUUAAUUAGGCAUUUCACAAAAGAUUGACGAAACAAAAAACGCGUCGAGUUUUGUAAUAAAUUUUUCCAACUCUUUCAACUUUUUCAAUUAAAAAAUUUACUUUUUUUUCAAUACUAAGUUUAAGUCACGAGUAUAUGUACACAUCAUAAAGAAUAUUUUCGAUUUAAUAUCAUUAACCGAUUAAAAUUUAACUGUGCUUUCUUCAAUUUGAUCGCACAGAAGGGCGGAGAUGCUGGUCCCUCUUUUGCUGUAUAAGGUACCACGUACUUAACAUUACUAUAACCACCUGACGAACGUGUGAUAUUGUGAACGAGGAGAUUGAAACAACAAGUACAAUGUA